GUUUCAGUCAAAUUUAUAUCCCAUUCUAAUUAUAUUUUAUCUAACACAUGGGCAAGUAAGAAAAGGACACGUGGACCAACUCAAUGUUUGAAAAUCCAUGCUAGAAAGAGUGCGGAUCGUGAAGAGGUGAUCUUAGACGAUGAUGGAGAACCUAUUGGACCCAAUGAUCGAACUGUGACAGAUUUGAGUUGUUUCCUUGGCACUGUCACGAGGAAUUCAGACUUGUGUCCCUUAGUUUAUACUAACUUCAAAGCUUUGAAGAAAGCAAACAAGGACCGUAUAUGGGAAUUUGUCACUGAUAAAUUCAUUAUCCCUGAUAAUGGAAGUAGAGUGGUUUUCUCUCGCAUAAAUGAUGCUUGGAGGCGUUACAAGAAAGAUCUCAAAAAGAGUUGUUUUUUAAAGUACACUACUAUGAGUGAAAGAUUGAAGCAUCGUCCCCAAACCGUACCUGAAUUUCAUUUCAAGCAAUUGAUAUCCUAUUGGAAGAACAAUAACAUCCAAAAAAUUAGCAAAAUCAAUGUUGUGAACAGAGCUAAGCAAAAGUAUAUGCAUCGGAUGGGCCCAAUAAACUUUGCGAGGAUUCGUGCAAAACUGUGUGCUAAGAAAGAGAACGGAAAGGAAGUUAGCCAGGAAGAGAUGUUCAUUGAGACUAGACAAAGUCGAAAAGGAAAACAGCCGGAUGAGGAAACUUCAAGUGUAAUUUCUAAGCUUCAAGAAUCAGUUCAGAAUUCAACUGAAUCUGAGACAUUUAACUCCUUAUUUGGGAAAGAAAUAUCUGGACGAGUUUGUUGCUAUGGAAGAACAAUAACACCUACCAUGCUUAAAAGAAAAGAAGAAAUUCUGGUUAUUAAAAAGCAGCAUAAUGAUGAAGUGGCUAGCAUGAAGAGGGAGAUGGAUGGUAUGAAGGCACUAUUUAAGACAAUGAUAAAGCAACAAAACCCACAUAUGAGGGACGAGGAGAUCUCUAAUUUGAUGGCAACUGCUAUGGACUGUUCCAUUAGUACUACUGCUGCUCCUGCUGAUCCACAUUCGUCUGCAUCAACUCAUAUUCCGCAUUGCGAACAGGGUGGAGACGAAGAAGAUUGUGAUGAAGAUAUGGAAGAAGCUUAUGAUGAUCAUGAAGAUGUGGAAGAAGGUUGUGCUGAAGAUGUGGAAGAAGGUUGUCCUGAAGAUGUGGAAGAAGAACAAGGAGAAGAUCAAGAAGAAUAG